UUCUUGUUGUUUUUGAUUUGUGCUUAAAUGUCUUCUGGCGCCAUCGUCACAUGAAUCGUUACACAAAAUCUUCUGGAAUGAUGAAACAGGUAUCACCAGUCCUGACCCCACCUCCUCCACUGUCCGGGGCGUGAACAUUAUCCAACCGUGCACAUAAAAACGAGCGACAGAGCGAGAGAGCAACAGAUGAAUCUGUCCGACAGAAUCAUCAGAGAGUCUCCUGAGCAGCCACCUUCAUCUUCCUCAUCCUCCAGCAAACCUCCAGAGGAUCUCUGUCAGCUGAUUGGCCUCCUCCAACAUGCUCCGCCUCCUGCUCUUCCUGUCUGCUGUCACCGCUGCAGGUGCACAGGAGCCUUUGACCGGUGAUACAACCAUUGACAUCAGCAGCUUUAACGUCACGUUCUAUGGACAGCAGUACUCUACGCUCUAUGUCAACAUAACGGGCAAUUUCACCGUCUGUUUCAACGGCUAUUACGGCACUAUGGAAGGACUGGACUGCAUCAUUGGUGGAAACACAACAUCAGCAGAUCCAGCGUAUUGGUUGAUUGGUUACUCGUCAGGUGCAGAGACAGCAGCACGCCAAGAUUUGCCAUCCGUGACCAAUCCUCUGAUCGGCUUCAUAUCAUUCUCUAACACACCUGGUACUGACAAAGGCAUGAAUCUUUUUGGCCUUGGGACAGAAGCAGUACUAGGAGUAUGGAAUCAGGUGGUUCAUACUAUGGUCAAUGGUGCCAUGAUGGAGAGAUUCGUCAGUAAAUCCUGGGACGACAUGCACAAAAGUUACAUUAGUAUAUACUUUGACAUCAGCGGAUGCAGACAGUCAGGUGUCGGGUAUAAAACUGGUGACGUGAUCAGCGUUGACCAUGACACCUGCACCGAUCUAGUCUGUAAUGACACUGAAGUUCACACCCGACCCAACAGCAGCUGUCGGUUGGAGCACACCUGCACCGUGAGCGGCCCCGCUGUCAUCGACAGUGACGGCCGAGUGAACUCUGUCCAGGAUCGCUGUGCGCACUCUCUGAUGUCGCUUCCAUCCGUCCCAACUUCCCAUGCUGGCCACUUCCAGGAACGCCGCCGUAAAGAUGUGAGCUUUUUGGACAGCGUGACACUGCGACUGGACGGAUCGGACAUUCACCUGCAACAAGGCGGCAGAGUUCAGCUGAACGACACGACGCUGACCCUCAACAGUUCGGUUCAGGAGGUUCACGGUGUGGAGCUCUCCAAGGACCACACUGGAGUCACCGCCAAGGUGUCGCUCACCGACUACAACACCUCUGUCUUCUUUGACGGCAACACCGCACACAUCAGAGUCACAAGAAUCGGUGCAAUAGAAUCUCUGCAGGGUUUGUGUGGCAACUCCAGCAGGCCUCUGAGUGACGUGAGGCUCUCCCAGGACAGCACCAGCGGCUGUGACGUGCCGUCAAAAUGCAGUGCUGACCCUGCGAUCAACUGCAGCGCAAUGACUGAGCGCUGUAAUCUUCUGAACGAGGCGCCCUUCACCGCCUGCCACAACACUGACCCCGCGCCCUACAUAACCGCCUCCGACACUUUGUGCAAGUAUCCUGCGGUGGACGGUCUCGGCUGUCAGUUCCUGGAGGCCUACGCCAAAGCCUGCAGCCUGUACAGCAACAUCACACUGGAGGACUGGAGGUCAAAGGCCGGCUGCUCCGCCCCUCGGGCCUCCUGUCAGGACCGGUUCUGCAGCGCUCACGAGUUCUGCGCUGAGAAGGCCAGUGGUGAAGACGGCUGCUUCUGUCGCGCCCUUUUUGCCUCCCCGUACAGAUCGACGGGCACUUUGGGUGAUCCCACGGUCUGCGAGAGGGACUCUGCUUUACUUUCUUGGAUCGGUUGUCUCCUGGAGGAAAAAGGUAUUGCCUACUCGACCCUGCACCUCAAUGACAACAGCUGCGUGGGUCAGGUGGACGAGCAGACCCACAUGGUGACCUUCAGCUUCGACGGCAGCGACUCUGUGGGACGGUGGUCUCGGUGGGUUCUCUUCACCCUCACUCUCUUCUCUAGUUUGGGAUCUUUCUGUGGGUUUGGCUUCAGCUGCGAGCCCCUCGGUUUCUCAUAAUGUUGGACGUGCGUGAAGUUUCUUCCGUCUCAGUCAAGGGACAGCAAACGUCACAUUUUGAUGCUAAAGUGUAAAA